AUGAAGAAAUCCCCCUGUGUCUUGGAGACGGAUGACGGCCUUGGAGAGGAUGCGAACUCAGCCCCGAAGGGCCCCGCUGGGGAGGAGCAUGGACCACCACCCUUGGAGACCCCUUUCCAGAAGGAAGCCCCCCCCUCACCCCGGAUUCGGGUGAAUCUGAAUUACCGGCCAGGACUCGUCACACCGGAUGACCCAAAUCGCUUCGACAGGGACCGUAUUUUUGGAGCCGUGGUUGCGGGAGAUCCGGAACAGCUCAACGGCCUGAGCGAUUAUCUGCAGAGAACGUCCAGCUUUCUCACCGACACUAAAUAUAGAGAUGGGAAGACAGGCAAGACCUGUUUGAUGAAGGCCCUGCUCAAUUUGAAAGACGGGAAGAAUCCCACCAUCCCUGCGCUCUUGAGGAUAGACGAGGAGACCGAGAACCCCAACCCUUUGGUCAACACGGCUUGCACUGAUAGCUACUACAAAG